AUGCGGAUCAUUCGCCAAUUUGCGACCAAGAUCAAGUCUUCUAAAACCGAAUCUGAUGACGACGACGACGAUGAUGAUAAUGAGGGCGAUGAUGACAACGAAAAUAGCAGCAAUAGCAAUAACAAAGGAGACGAAGGGUCAGCCCCCGACCGCAGCGAUUGGGCUCCUAUCCGCGCAAUUUCCGACCAGUCGCUGCAGCUUCUCAUGCUCGACUGCCUCGAUCCAUCCCACACGAUAGAUCUCGAUUGCUCCUGUGUACUAGGCCGUACGGAGGGUGGCUACCAUCACGUCGCCAUCGUUGGACUUUAUCGCCAUCGGAAGGUUGAGCAGUACAUCAUCCGAAUCCCUGCUCAUGGCACUGCAGCUCUGUGGCGGGAAGAGGAUGAAUACAUGUUGGACCGCGAGGUCGAAAUCAUGCAGCAUAUUCGCCUGAACACUUCGGUCCCUGUGCCUGAGAUCUUCGGCUACUCUUCCAGCAUGUACAAUGACCUCGGCGCUCCGUAUAUCCUGAUGGAGAAGCUUGAGGGCAAUGAUGCUUAUGAUAUCUGGUUCGACCAGCCCUAUAAUGAAGAGAACGCCUGGGUUGCUGCUGAUUGCCCUUCGGAUGAAACCCACAAGAAGCGCGUCAACUUCCUCAACUCGCUAGCCCGAAUCAUGACCGAGCUACAGCGUCUCGAAUUUAACCAGGUUGGCACGCCGAUCAUCCCAAAGCCUCACAAGAAGCAAAACGAAACCUUCGUCAUCCACCACCACGACAUGGACCUCCAAAACAUACUAACGGACGACGAUGGCAAUGUUGUCGGCAUUAUCGAUUGGGAUGGCGCCUUCGCCGCACCCCGUUGCAUCGGCCCUGCCGCAGCGCCCAAGUUUUUACGACGCGAUUUCUUUCCAGAUUUCAGCCACAUGAUUGACAUCACACCCCACAUGUCUUGGAACACAGGCUACUAUCGCAACAUCUACGCGCAGGCCAUGGUGGCAGCGCAGAACCCCGACGCCAAGUACACUACCAAAUCUGCCCUGUACCAAGCCGCGAUCGCCGCGAUCUACGAAGGUGGCGAUGUCUUCGAUUUCACUGAUAAGAUCCUUCGCGAGAUCCCCGGCUUCCGGAUGAACACGGAUGCGUUUAAGUGUACGUUGGGUAAGGGCUGGCCGGCUGCGGAACGCUUCCUGAAGCGCGAGAUCCGGAAGAUUAUGGCCCCUGAGCUGCCGAAGGAGAACUACUGGGGCGGCGUUGACAUCGAGAUGGUUGACUCAUCCACUUCGACUUCCUCAACGGAUUCGGAUUCUAGCCCAUGCCAUUCCCUCACUUCGGAAACGUCGCUGUUGUCGUCUCAGUCAAGCAACGGCGAUUCAGCGGACGGCUACCCGUCGCGGGGUAAGGGGGAUAACUCUAAAGUCGAUCCGGCGCCGCUGGCUGUGGCUGAAUGUGGUUGAGUGGAAUGGGUAAGGGAAUUUGCUAUUCGCUCU